AUGGAACCCUUCCUGCCCCAGCCCACAAUUCCAGGCAGCGAUCCCUUGUCACCGAUACCCGAGACAUCUGAGCCGGAGUCCUCAGAUAGAUCAACCCAAACUGAACCAGAAGUUACAGCCGGACAGGCAGCCCUGCUUGAGCGCGGAACGCAAACCUCGUAUGAUCUUGAAAACCGCGAGAGGGCCCACGUGUGGCAUGGCCGCCGUAUGAUUUCUAUAUCGGCGGACUACGCGGUAAAAUUCUCUCUGUUCUCAGAGACGCCGUUAAUCGGCGUGGAUCACCUUGACAAAAGUACUGUGAUCAUGAUUCUUGCGGAGAAAGCGGUCAUCCUUGCAAGCAUCCCUGAAAACCCACACGCUCGUCGUCUUCACGACACGAUUGAUGAGAUUCGAUACCUCCACGAUAGACACAGGUCGUGUUUUGACCGGACAAGAACCGUGGCGUGGCUCAUUGGUCCUGCCUACGAGGGUCGCCCUGAAUGGCAUCGGGAUCUGAAAAUGGCGGUUUUGCGAAGAGAGAUGGGGUUGGCCCCGAAAAGGAAGUUCUAUGAGUUUGUGGAAUACCAUGACUGGGUGCAGACGUUGGAUCCUGUUUUUUUGCUUGACGCAACGACGGAAGAGCCGGUGCUGGUGAAGAUCAAUGGAACGGAUGUGACCGAGGAAUGGAAGCAGGAAUGGUCUGAAAGCGAAUCGCCUCCACAAGAAUUGGUGCAGCAACCGAAGGGCUUAAGCCAAACAUAUAGAUAUUGGGUCGGAAAGGCUUGUUGA